GACCCUCCAAGUCAAUGAAUUGGGUGCAUAUAUAAGCCACUUACGCAUUCGCAUUCACAUUCACAUAAUAAAUUGUUCAAUUCCUUCAACCCUUUAGAAAUUGAAAACCAAGCUUGAAAACAUUUCUUCGUUUUACACAGCAUAUAUAUAAAUACCAUGGUUAUCGACGAAGCUUCAUUUUUUGAAACCAGCGAGGAUCUGGCCACGUGUCUCGCAACGAGUCCGAUAAUAUCGGAGUCAUGGAGGCUGUGCAGCGUGGCCAAUGUCACGGCGGCACGGAGUUUCGUGGCAGAAAGUGGCGGCGGCGACGGAGGAGUGGUGUACGUGGCUUCAUCGGGGGUUCAGAUGGCGGAGGGGACGGAAUCUAGCUGGAGAAGGUUGGUGGCGUUAGAGAGCAUCGGAGGAGAAUCGCUGUUCAGUAUGCAUCGGAAAAGGGAGGAGGAGGAGGAGGUUGUUAUGGUGCACGCCGCCAUCUUCGAUCUCUUUUCCUCAUUCUUCGUCUCUUUCCGCAACCAGUUUUUCGGCAGUUGGUCACUUUUGCAGUAAUUUCGUCUGCGUUCUCUGGUGACAGUUCCGUCUGCGUUCUCUUCCGGCAGUUCUGUCUGCGUUCUCUUCCGACAGUUCUGUCUGCGUUCCCUUCCAGCAGUUUCGUCUGCACUUUCUUCAGACAAGCAGCAGUUCUGUCUGCGCUUCUUUCAGAUAAGCGGUAGUUCCAUCUGCACUUCCUUCCGGCAGUUCUGUCUGCGCUUCUUUCAGAUAAGCGGUAGUUCCAUCUGCACUUCCUUCCGGCAGUUCCGUCU